AUGGCAAUGAGCGGCAUCCUCAACAGUGAAGACAUCAAGAAGGCCCUCGAUGCAUUUGCAGUGGCCGAUUCCUUUGACGUCAAGAAGUUCUUCGAGAUGGUCGGCCUGAAGUCCAGGUCUGCGGACGACGUGAAGAAGGUGUUCACGGUGCUGGAUGCGGAUAACAGCGGCUUCAUCGAGGAGGAGGAGCUCAAAUUCGUGUUGAAGGGUUUCUCCAAAGACGGCAGAGACCUGACAGACAAAGAAACCACAGCAUUUCUAAGAGCGGCCGACAAGGACGGAGACGGGAAGAUAGGAGUGGAAGAGUUCACCACUCUUGUGAAAGAAUAA